AUGGCUGACAACACAUGCCAUUUCGGAUUGAAUCAUUUCUUCGCAGACAAUGGUCUGAUGGAUGCGGAGACUACGACCCUUUACUUUCCGGCCGAUGGCGAGCAGAUGAAGGCGGUAGUGAAGAAAGUCUUCUUCGACAAGGGUCUGCGAUUCAUCUUCUCUAUUAGAUCGAAAGUUCCUUACAUCCUGAAGGAAGGUUCGGAUCAGUUGCUCUAUGGCGAGGGCUAUGAGUUUGUUCCUGGGAAAGAAGAGGUGAUACGCCGUGGCUCUGCUGGCUACGUCGUUUCGUACGGCGAUAUGGUAUUCCGCGCCCUUGACGCCGUCGAGCGUCUAAGAAAGGAAGGUCUUGACGUUGGUCUUAUCAACAAGCCGACUCUGAAUAUUGUCGACGAGGAGACUAUCAAACUCUACGGCUCUUCGCCAUUUGUGGUUGUCGUUGAGUCUAUCGCUCAGAAGACUGGACUUGGGUCUCGACUAGGGUCCCAUCUUCUUGAGCGUAACUUGACCCCGAAAUACAAGUCCAUUGGUGCCAUCAAAGAAGGAAGCGGUGGACUACACGAGCAAGUGAAUGCUCAGGGACUGGGCGUGGACGGCAUCAUUGCUGCUAUCAAGUCAGUAGCUACAUAG